AUGUAUCACCCAUACUCGUAUAUGACGCAACAAGCACAAGCAUUUUAUGCUUCACGACCGGAAUAUGGUUACAAUACAAUAUCUUCCUAUGGAUACAUGGGAACACGGCCACCAUUACUUCCUUCGUCAGAAUCAAAUUCACGAACAUCUUACGAAUAUCCUGUUUAUCCAUCGUAUGAGGCGCAGUAUUCUCAACCAACUGGCCAAAUAAACAGCUAUGAUACGGCCCUUCAAAUAGCAGCUGCAGAAUUAGUAAAAAACACGCCUGAAUCACAGCUAUCUAUGCCAAUCUCUGAUAGGGGGCCCAGAUGGAUGUAUACAGUUAGUAAACCCGAUAUUGAUGCAACAUCACCAACAGUGAUUCAAGCCAAGUCAAAAUUUAUUGUUAAAUUAUCCUCGAUAGAUACUCAGCAGACAGUUCAGUCUGUGAAUUCAGAAAUGGUAGCUAUCGAACAACAACAGUACAAUACGCAAAAUAAUGUAAAAAGUGAAGAUAACAGUAGUGUGAUCGAACUUAUUGUCGAACGUAUAAUAAGUGCAACACACAAUCAACAACAACCAAUGACAAUAGGUUCAAUAUUUAGAUAUACAUUGGAAUGUUUAUCGUCCGGUUUAUUAUUACCAGAUGGUCCAGGUCUAUUGAAUCCGUGUCAAAAUGAACCAAAAAAUGCACUGGAUUGUCUAACUAUUCAGCAAAAAGAAGAUAUAACGUAUACAGCACAGCUCGCCUUAAGAAUGAUGGUAUUUGGACAAAUUUACAAAAUACUUGAUAUGGAAGUUUUUAAAUCGGAGACAAAUAUUGAUUAUGGACGAAAACGACCAUAUCAAGACGAUGACUUAGGUAGGGAGUUGGAUUAA